AUGGGUGAAAGUGGUCCUUCUCUGCAGUGGUCCCUCUCAUUCGUGCUUCUUCAGUCCUUCAUUCUUUGCAGUGGUCCCUCUGUCUUCGUUCGUUCAUUCUAUCUGUGGUGGUCCCUCGAAGAGGUUGAUUCUUUGAAGGAAGUUGUUCUGAGUAACUGCGUUAGCUCCUCCAAGUGGUAUUUCCGUCAAUCCAGUGACUCUUACAAGGCAUUAAGUUAUAGAAGAUUAGUGGGAAAUAUUUCUAGAUGUGCCUUAGAACUCCUUGCUCCAGAGUUGGAAAGAGUAAAAAAGAUUGGAUUCGAUAGUAGUCUUUGUGGCUGCAUUCUCAGACAAACUUAUGGUCUACCAUGUGCGUGUGAAUUAGCACGAUAUGAUCCUGGGAUUAUUCCUCUCCAAGAAAUUCAUGUGAUGUGGACUAGGUUGAGCUUCUCCAAUGUCUCGUCUUCACAAUCUGAAGGGCAAUUAUCUAUUCAAAGGGAAGUUGAUCUACUGCUUAAUCUUUUCAAAGAAGUUGAUAUUGCAGGAAAAGUGAGCAUAAAACAUAAAUUACUCGACAUAGUUUGCCCUUCCAUGACAUCGAUGUUACCACCACCAAGUAAAGUUAAGACGAAAGGUGCAGCUAAAAGUCAUAGAUCAAAGAAGUCAACCAAACGUGAUCCCUCCUAUUUUGAGCAUGUGGACGCCUUCAUUGAGUCCUCAAGACAAGACACAUGUGUUGCAAAAACAGAAAACAAGCUGAAGAGCAAAUGUGUAAUUGAAGAGAAAGUAAUACCCAUGCUAGAACAGUUCAAUCCUGUUUUCCAUCCUUAUAUACUCGAUGUUGUCGAUGUUGUUGCGGACGGUCAUUGUGGAUAUAGAUGCAUUGCUGCAUUGUUGGGUAUGGGUGAGGAGUCGUGGCCUCUAAUCAGACAUGACCUAUACAAAGAACUUAGUCAAUGGCGAGAUGAAUACGCAACAUUAGUUGAAGGCUAUGAUCGUCUGGAAGAACUGAGAAAGUCUUUGCUAGUUCACUCACCAUCAGGGGCUAAUCGAGACAAGUGGAUGACUAUACCAUACAUGGGGUAUGCGAUUGCUAAUCGGUAUAAUGUAAUCCUCGUCUGCUUGUCGUCAGUUCAGAAUUUGACGAUAUUUCCACUUCGUACAUCCCUACCUAUUUCGCAAAGUCAACAUCGACUAAUUUGUAUUGGACAUGUUUACAGUUCUCAUUUUGUGCAGGUUCGUCUACAAGAAGGUUGUCCAUUACCAACAGUGGAUAUCAUAUCAUCUAGCAACUGUUACCCAAAGGCAAAAGGUUGGGCAUCAUUUUAUAGAGAUAGGAUGCAAACAUUCCUAGAUUUACACGUAGUGGAUCGUAGUUAUGUAGAUCUCAUGGAAGACUGA